AUGGCAACCACAACCACAACCCAUCUUCUGUUUUCCUUCUUUUUUCUUGUCUCCACAGCUGCUUCUCAACACUUGAAUGAAAAGCUAUACAUAGUGUACAUGGGUGAUGUUCCAUCCCCAGAUAAACAAGAUUUUUCCCAAACAUCAGCGACUGCGUCCCACCUUUCAUUGCUUCACUCUGUACUUAGAAGCCAUGAGGCAGCACAGGAGUCUUUGGUUCAUAGUUAUUCGAAGAGCUUUAACGGAUUCGCAGCUUGGCUUUCCUCAUCUCAUGUCCAACGCCUCUCAAACACAGAUGGAGUAGUUUCGGUGUUUGAAAGCAAAAACGCUCAACUCUUGACAACUAGAUCAUGGGAUUUUGUGGGACUCCCUCUAUCUCAGCAAACCGAUCAUUUGGAGUAUCAAAGUGAUGUAAUUGUAGGCAUGCUAGAUACAGGGGUAUGGCCAGAGUCAGAAAGUUUCGAUGAUGCGGGAUUGGGUCCCAUUCCCUCAAAAUGGAAGGGAGUGUGUCAGACAACACCCGACUUCAAAGCCUGCAAUAAGAAAAUAAUAGGUGCAAGAUUUUACGAUAAAGGAACUCAACCAGCUGCUGGUGAGUUCAUCUCUCCAAGAGAUUCAAAUGGCCAUGGAACACACACCUCUUCCAUAGCUGCUGGAAGCAUUGUCAGAAAUGGCAGUCUCAUUGGAUUAGCACAAGGAGACGUACGUGGAGGAGUACCUGGUGCAAGGAUUGCUAUAUACAAGGUUUGCUGGUCACGUUCUUGCAGCGAUGUAGAUAUCCUUGCCGCAUUUGAUGAUGCAAUCCAUGAUGGUGUGGAUGUAAUUUCUGUUUCUAUUGGUAUUUCAAAUGGAGGCAUCUUUCCCCCACUUGACUACUUCGAAGAUAGCAUUUCCAUAGGCGCAUUCCAUGCAAUGAAAAGAGGAAUCUUAACAUCAAAUGGUGCUUGUAACGAUGGCGUUGAGGGAUCUGUUUGCAACUUUUCCCCCUGGUCUCUGACAGUGGCUGCAAGCACCAUUGAUCGGCAAUUCAAAUCACAACUUACUUUGGGAAAUCAAAUGUUUCUCGAGGGGCAUGCUAUAAACACAUUCACAAUGGAGCAGCCUUGGUAUCCUUUAGUAUAUGGAGGAGAUGCUGCUAAUGUUUCUGGCGGAUUUUCUUCAGAUGACUCACGUGGUUGCGGACUAUAUUCCCUGGAUCGCAGUAUAGUCGAAGGAAAAAUAGUACUUUGCUACUUUGCUGAGCCAAUCGAUCCGCCGGAUGGAGGAGUGUAUGUCUCUGGAGGGGCAGGUACCAUAAUAUUGUAUAAUGUUAAUAAUGAUACAGCUUUCUCGUUCAUGGUCCCCGCCACAGUUAUUUCAGCCGAACAGGAAGAGAUUGUCAGAUCUUACAUCAAUUCUACAAGGUCUCCAAUUGCAAGUAUAGCAAAAAGUGUGACUAGCAAUGAUUUACCUGCACCUAUAAUAGGUUCAUUCUCAUCUAAAGGUCCCAACAGAAUCACACCAGAUCUUCUAAAGCCCGACAUCACCGCACCAGGUGUAAAUAUUCUAGCGGCUUGGUCAAAUGCUGCGCCAAUGAGCAUGGAUCCGUUGGACAAAAGAGUAGUGGAUUUUAACAUAGAAUCUGGAACAUCCAUGGCAUGCCCUCAUGCCACAGGAGCAGCUGCCUAUGUCAAGUCAUUUCAUCCUGACUGGUCUCCUGCUGCUAUCAAAUCCGCUCUCAUGACCACAGCAUCACUAUUGGAUGCAACAUUAUAUGGCAAUGAAGCUGCAGAAUUAGGAUAUGGUGCAGGGCAGAUUAAUCCCCUCAAGGCCAUCAAUCCAGGGCUUGUGUAUGAUGUCGACUCAAAUUCUUAUAUCAACAUGCUAUGUAGCCAAGGAUACAAUGAAACAUCCUUACGUUUGCUGACAGGAGAAUCUAUCACUUGUUCUUCAAACUUAUCUAAAAAUGGAGUAUGGGAACUUAACUAUCCUUCCAUAAUGGUUAUUAGCAAUGCAAGUGAGCCCACUUUUGCUCAAUUUCCAAGAACAGUUACAAAUGUAGGACCUGCAAACUCUACUUACCAAGCCAAAAUAGAUGCACCCUUUGGAAUGAACGUGACAGUGGAGCCAGAUACACUCACUUUCACAUCCUCCAACAAGAAGAUGUCAUACAAUGUAAAAAUUGAAAGUCAAGUUAUACCAGAUGAUGACGCUUUACUAUCAGGUGCAUUGACUUGGAGCUAUGGCAAUUACAGUGUGCGGAGCCCCAUUCUUGUAUAUUAUAAUGUGAAACAGGAGGAGGACCUUAUUCAGUUUGCAAGACUCAACGGUAUUCUGCCUUCGAAACCAGAAGAUGAAAACCUACAUUUGGAACAGGCUAGCAGGGGUCGUGCUUGCAGGGGUCACCGUGGGACUGGAAUUGGCCAUGGUAGAGGUCGCCCUCCGUGCAGAGGACGUGGACAAGCAAGGAAGGAGCACCCGUCAGCUGAAGCCCAACAGGAAAUUGCAAGCUAG